UUUGCGUACAUAAUUUUUCUUCUCUGAGAGUUGAUAUGGUUAAUAAGUUUCAUGUGAUAACUCACGAGUUUUCUUGCUCAAUUUCGCAAGUGAAUGGAAGUUGUAACUAUCUUGAAUUAAAAAAAAAAUUUGUUCGACCAAAGCGAGUUCAUGAGUAUAUUGGACAUGCAUCCAGUCCGCCCAUAUCAAACUUGUUCACUGAUCUUGACCUAUAUCCCGGCCGCCCACAUAUAACCCGACUCAGUAUCUCCCAGUCCAAAUGCGACCCAACUUGCAAACUUGGCACCUCUAAUAUUCUAACUUCUAAGACCUAAGUCAUUAAAUCCAAUAUCUCCCUUAUCACAUCUUUAUUUAUGUUUUGUUUCUUUAUAUAAUAAAAGCUGACGAAGGAUAAGAAAAUGAGACGGUAGUAUAAUAUUCCCACACUAACGUACACCGUUGUAUUGUACUAAUUUGCAACUGCCCACAAAAUGUCAACGGUUUUGCAAAACCAUUUGCGCUUCUUUCACGAUUGUGGUUAUAUAGGAAGAACAGCCUAACAGCUCACCAAAACCGCCAUCGAGAGAGAGAGAGAGAGAGAGAGAGAGAGAGAUGAAGUUAGUCUGGUCACCAGAAACAGCUUCAAAGGCUUACAUCGAUACUGUCAAAUCUUGUAAACUUUUCCAAGAAUCCGGUGAGGCGGAGUUAAUGUCUGCCAUGGCAGGCGGGUGGAACGCAAAGAUGAUCGUGGAAGUGCGGAUGAAUAUUGAUGCAGAAACGGCAACAAGUGUAGGUCUAGCCAUAGCAGCCCGCCACACCGGUGGUCUCCAUGUUUGCACGGUAUUGGAUGAGCAGUCAAGAUUAGAGUACAUCAAUGCAAUGCAUGCAGCCGGGGUAGCACCGCCCGAAGUGGUUGUUGGGAGGGCUGAAGAUGCAGUGGUUGGGCUCGUUGAUGUUGAUUUUCUAGUGGUGGAUGGGCGGCGGAAGGACUUUGGGAGAGUGUUCAGAUUUGCUAAGUUGAGCCACAGGGGUGCAGUUUUAGUGUGCAAGAAUGCUAGCCAAAGGACCAUGGCUGGGUUCACAUGGGGUGAGGUUCUUAGCAGCACAACACGAGUCGUGAGAUCAGUGGCUUUGCCAGUUGGGAAUGGAUUGGAUAUUGCUUAUGUAGCAAAUAACAGUGGAACGAUGGAUUCCAGGAAGUGCACCAGCCAUUGGGUUAGGCACAUCGAUCAGCAAUCAGGAGAAGAACAUGUAAUCCGACAAUGAAUUUCUACCAGUAACACUAAAUGAAUUAGAUGUGCAGAGAGUACGAUUCAGUACGUUGAAUCGUUACUUUUGUACUAUACAAGUCUGUCUUGAAAUUUUUUCCAAACGUACUUAUGGUUGAAUGGUUAUCUACUUCGAGGUUGAUUAUACAAAUUAUGUGGUGUGGAGAAAUAUAUGGUACACACUUUACAUAUC